AUGGAGCUGUAUGGAAAAGGAGUUGUCGAUUAUCAUUUGAUUGUUGAUAUCCUGCCGCAGAUUGUCAAGAUGAUUUUUACCGGAGAAAUCACAAUCAAGGGACUCUCUGUGCAGCAGAAAGCGAUUUUAGUCGCGCUUGGGCUUCAAUACAAAUCGGUGGAUGAGCUGUCGGAAAUCAGCCUUACCUCUCAACUACCACCGAUGCCUUCAAGUCAAAUCCUGGGUCAUUUCAAGCGCGCUAUUAUUAGAAUAAACGAAGAAGUCAAAAGAUUAGAGACGAUCAAGGCUGAGGCAGAACUUAAUCUGCCACAGUCCAAGGUGAACCUGGAAAUCGAAGAAGGAGACGAAGGAGCAAUCGAUGCGGUGCUGGACGAAGAAGCAGCGAAAAUCAAGGAAGAGCAGGCCAAGGAGAAGCAAGAAUUGGUCAAGGCACUGCAGCAGUAUAAAAUUAAAGGAAAUGACAACGACUGGUCGCAAGAAUUGUCAACGCGAAAAUCAGUAGCGAACAUUUCUAUCGGACGAGAACGAGUGGAGAAAAAGGCUGAAAAUGGAGAUGCUCCGGUGAAGCGCAAAGGCGGAAAAACGCCAGAUGGAAAACGAAAGAAGAAGAGAGCCUGA